AAAGAUGCAUUUGCCAAUGCUGUGGAGGACUGCAAGUCGUAUUUGGAUGAAAGUGAUGGGGAAAUCUUGAGCUCUUGGCUGUUAUGCGAGUAAGUGAAAUCAAAGUAUUAAUUGUCAUCAUAAUAACCUGGAGAAUGUUGAUUUGGGCUCCUUUGUUUUUUUAUUUGGUCAAAUAUCGUGGAGCUCUGUGGAUUCUUUACAUAGUCCAUUAAAGGCUGAAUUAUUGUUAUCGGUACAUUGGCGCAUAUCGUUACUGGGUAUCAAUUUAUGUGGCAGCCUCACAUCAUGCAUCAAGACAGCGUGCAAAGAAAGUCGUGUCCGAUAGUCCGGGGCUAGUGGAUUUUGCUCUCAGGCUAUAUCUAGCGAUUUCUGUUCUUAUUGCCCGACCGGUAAGUGCUGCUUUUUGGGGAAAUUCAAAUUACAGAAGGAUUGUAAUCAAUCCUGCUUAUCAAAAAGGAUUUUGGGGCUAGUUGAAAUGACUUGUGGGCUAAUACAUACUAGGUACAGCUUGCACGAAUGGCAGGCUGGAAACUGACUUUCUUCACACCCUGCAAAGUAACCACCACCUGGUUAGCUCAUUUGGGAGAGUGCCGGUCUGCUGAGCGGGAGGUUGCAGGUUCAAACCCCUGCUGGAUCAACCCUCAGGGUCUUUUGUUUGUUUGCUUUUUUGUAAGAUAAAUUAUACAAUGUUAAUGAUUUUAGAGUGUGUAGUAUGUUAUACAUUUUAGAAGACUAGUUUGCUGUUUCUAGGGUAGAGAACAUUCUUGUAAAAUAACAGUUUUAAGUUUUGAUUGAGCAAAAGAAAAAUGAAAUGACAACCUUAACCCUCAACGGUGUGCAGUUUUUAUGGUACACUGGUUACAAAAGAUUGAGGGUGCAUUUAUUAGAAUAAUACAGCAUAUGAGAAGAAGACUGGGCCAAGUCAACUGUUGCAAAGACUUCUGGGACAUGUUACCAGGGACAGGGGAAAAAUGGCCUCUACAUGUGGCCGACGGGCGCGUCCUCAGUAACCUUCCUUAGUGAUGUUUAUACCUCUUCGUCCUGCGUUUCUGAUGCAUAAAAAUCCCCAAACUAGACGCAAAAUGAUUCAUGGCUUGCGUCCUGGAGGACGCAAAGAAUGAAUAUACAAUAUCGUGUUUGUGUGAUUUUUGUGGCUGAUGUUUAUAGAUGCAUAUUUACUUUAGUCUUUUUUGUGCUUUAAAUAAAAGAAGCACUAUAUUUUAAUUUCAGUAAACUGUAAUUAAGAGUUUUGGCGUCUGUCUGCAGAUUAAUUGUCUGGUUAUAUAAAGGCCCAAGAAUUUUCAAUUUAGGAAUCCUUGUUUGUUUGAACUGGGACUCAUUGGUUAUGGAGAGGGACUCGUGACUUUUCACAAGAUGAGUCCCAGGACUCACCAAUAUGACUACCUGUAUUUUGUAACAAAAUCAAAGAAUCCUAGAAACAAUUGCUGGACACAUUUUUGCUCCACUCCCCUUUUCAUGUCUAAAGUGGUGAAUUACUGUCAAACUGUUACUAAUUAUAAAUACUAUUUGCAGGAUUGACCACUGGGAUCAUGAAAAAGAAAGGAUUGUUCUUAUCACUAAGAAGACCCUUUGCUUGGUUAAGUACAAUUUUAGUGGUUUGAAAUUCGAUGGGGUGAGAAAAGUGCCAUUGAUCGAGUGUAACAAGAUACAGAUUGGUAGAUUUGUGUAUCCUAAAACCACCAUGAUGAUGUGAGUACAGUAACUAUUCUACUUUGGUACUUUUAAUGCCUACAAUUCUUCAACGGUUGCUUAAGGAAAAUGGUAUGGAGGCCAAAAGCUCUUAAACCUAUAUAACUACUGUUUCCAUAUUAUGAGUUUAAAGAGCUAAGAUUUUCUUGACAUCUCCCUAAGGCAAAAGCAACUUGAUCGCCAGGGACCAUUGGGCUCUGCUAAGGCAUAUCCCCUCUUAUGCAUAAUUCUUGCCAUUUGAUAUUCAUUAUCACUUCUCAAACUCAUUAAUAAUUCAUAAAGAAAAUACAAAGGAAAUUAAUGGUCAAUGAGUGUGUGGAAAUCAGAUGAAAAACUGCUCAUUUUUGCAUCCCUAAAUUGUUUGAGAAGUAAUAUCAAGCACUCGACACAGUGUUUCAUCACCAGAUGAAACACCUCGAAGUUCGUAAAAAACACUUCACUGUGCGUCGUAUUUUCAACUCUCUUCUCAGUGUUUCUGGAACACUGUACCAGGCAACUGUUACCUUCUACUUCGUUAAUCUUUGUAAUCAUUCGUCGCUGUCAGAGAAAAAAAAAUACUUUUUUAGCCUAGAAAUUUAAAAAUAAAUUAAUGAUGAGCACGGUUUUGUCAAGUUAAACGAAAAUAUGAGAAACAUCCAGUACUGCAUUGGGAUAUAAAAAUAUUUUUAAAAAGUACAACAACAACAUGACAAAUUUUCUUGAGUUGGUCAUGCAUCCAGAAACACGUCGUGUUUCAUUUUUGUGUUCUUUUUUUAAGUCUUGCGUCGUUUCUUAAUUUAACACAGAAUCUUCUCUAAAAAAAGAAGAGAGCAAACAGCUGAAAAAAAUUCCCUAAGGGACGGUCGAACACUCUUUUUCAGUCCGCGGCACUUCCAAACCGGAUUGCGUGUCUACUUUGGCAAAAACGUCCAACCAACAUUUCUUCAAAACUGGAAUUCAUGAUCACAUGCAAUCCCCUUUGUCACGUUUCCUUGGCACAGAGGCAAUGACGUCAUGGCCAGAUUACCAGCGCACAUGCAGCUCGAUCAAUUUCAGCAGGCCAUUAUACAAGCCAUCACCGAAGCCCAUAAUGCACUUCAAGAAGGUGUGGCAAUGGAAUCUCUCGAGAUUGCGCACAAUUCGGCAAUACUAAUUGAAGUGUAUUGUGGGUUUUCGCCGAUACUUCAUAACUAUGGCAUUCUAGGGUUUAACCGUGAUCGGGGAAAGUUUGGAUUUUAG